GAUUUUCUUUAAAGUGCUGAUGCGAUCUCUAAAAGUUUCCCACAAUGCUCCGCGCCAAUCUUCUUCCUCUUUCACGAAACCCCCAAAAUGGCGGUGGGCAAGAAUAAACGUCUCACGAAAGGAGGCAAGAAGGGUGCCAAGAAGAAGAUUGUCGACCCUUUCACAAAGAAGGACUGGUACGAUGUCAAGGCACCAGCGAUGUUCAACAUCCGCCAGAUUGGCAAGACUUUGGUCACCAAGACCACCGGAACAAAGAUCGCAUCUGAGGGUCUGAAGAACCGGGUGUUUGAGGUUUCCUUGGCUGACCUCCAGAACGACGAGGUGGCUUUCCGCAAGUUCAAGUUGAUUGUGGAGGAGGUCCAGGGCCGUAACUGCCUGACCAACUUCCAUGGCAUGAACCUCACUACGGACAAGCUCAGGUCAAUGGUCAAGAAGUGGCAGACUCUAAUUGAGGCCAAUGUUGAUGUGAGGACGACGGACGGCUACCUGCUGCGUCUCUUUUGCAUCGGCUUCACAAAGAAGCGUCAGAACCAGAUCAAGAAGACUGCUUAUGCCCAGCACACCCAGAUCCGUGCCAUCCGUAAGAAGAUGGUUGAGAUCAUGACCAGGGAAGUUUCCAGCAACGACUUGAAGGAGGUGGUGAACAAGCUUAUACCAGACAGUGUCGGCAAGGACAUUGAGAAGGCCUGCCAGGGAAUCUACCCCCUUCAUGACGUGUACAUCCGCAAGGUCAAGGUCCUCAAGAAGCCCAAGUUUGAUGUUGGCAAGCUGAUGGAGCUCCAUGGAGAGGGAUCAGGUGCUGUGUCCAAGCCUGUUGCCACCACAGAGACGGGAGAGAAGGUGGACAGACCGGAGGGGUAUGAACCACCAAUCCAGGAGGCCGUCUAAAUAGGAUCUCAGCAAGUCCAUAGAUCCAGAUAAAAGAGACAAUAAAAACAUCACAUACUGAAA